GGGGCUCUAAGGAGCCUGGGGGAGGUGGGGGCUAUGCUGUUCAAUGUGGAGCGAGGUACUUCCUAGCCUAGCAGGAUCGCCAUGGCUUUUAAGAUCACCCCAGCCAAUGAUACAUUCUGUAUAGCACGAUUUCCAAACUAGUAAAUGUUGACCAGUAGAAACCCAUCGGCAGAGAUACGGCACAGCCACAGCAGAAAUGGCCGGGAUUAUCAAAAAGCAAAUUCUGAAACAUUUGUCAAGGUUCACCAAGAAUCUGUCCCCAGACAAAAUCAACCUGAGUACCUUGAAGGGGGAGGGGCAACUGUCCAACCUUGAGCUCGAUGAAGAGGUUCUGCAGAACAUGCUCGACCUUCCUACCUGGCUGGCCGUCACACGUGUCUACUGCAACAAAGCUGCCAUUAGAAUACAAUGGACCAAAUUAAAAACAAGCCCCAUCUGUCUGUUCCUGGAUAAGGUGGAGGUGGAAAUGAGGACAUGUGAGGAGCCACGUCCGCCCAAUGGCCCCUCUCCUAUCGCCAUCACAGCAGGCCAGAGCGAGUACGGUUUUGCUGAGAAAGUGGUAGAGGGCAUGUCUGUUCGGAUCAACUCCAUCACCAUCAAAGUGCAGGCUCGGGCCUUCCAUGCCUCUUUUGAGCUGUGGCAGCUGCAAGGCAACAGCCUCAACCCUAAAUGGCAGCGCAGCGACCUCCGCUUCACGCGCAUCACAGACCCAAAGAGAGGAGAGGUGUUGACGUUCAAGGAAAUUAAUUGGCAGACUUUGCGCAUCGAGGCAGACGCCAUCGAGAGUGACGAGCAGGAUUUGGGGAGCACCCCGUUGCGCCUCAUCACUAACCAGGGGCGCAUCCGCAUUGCUCUAAAACGCCGAAUAAAGGACUGCAACGUGUUGGCCUCCAAACUGCUUUUCAUUCUGGAUGACUUGUUGUGGGUGCUGACCGACUCUCAGCUCAAAGCCAUCAUCCGCUAUGCCAAGUCCCUCAGCGAGGCCAUGGAGAAGUCGGCUCAGCAGAGGAAGAGCUUGACUGCAGAUUCCCUGCAGACUGCUUCUCCAUCACCUGGGCUCCACAACCUUUGGGCCGAGUCAACAGCCGCUCAUACUGGCUCACCCAACAACAUGAGUCAAUAUUUUGAUCGCUUUGAUGUGAAAGAAUCUUCUUACCAUACUUUCAUUUCCCGCUUGGACCUACAUGUAUGCAAUGACAGUUCCUCAGUUGCUGAAGAUCGAGAAGAGCCUCCAGGUUUGCAGGGUGCAAUGCAGUUGACCUUCAAGAAGUUGGGCUUUGACUACUAUCCUGUUCACAGACCUGCUGAUGGAUGUCGCCACUGGGAACGCUAUAGUGGAACUAUGGAAGCUCAGGCGCAGUGGGCAGGCAAACUGCUGCAUGACUUCCAGAGGAGGGCAGAGUCGUCGGGGUUUCCGGGUCCAUGUACUGAGGCGCCGGAGCCACGCAACGAUUCGCCCGCAAGGAGGCCCCGAGACGGAACAACAAGCCCAAGGUCAGAUCUCUCCGACAAAGAACACUCAGCCAAAAACAACUCUAGCAUGAGUCCUUCAAGCGCAGCACUGAAGAGAUUGCGGUCAAGCUGCAUGGUGGUCCGGAUAGAUGACGUUGACAUUUACCAGUUGUCUACAAAGAGCCGUCAAAACAAGAAAUCCCAGCCUUUGUUGUCAUGUAAUCGUAAAGUUUUGAAUCUGCCGGAUAAUAUACCAGCAGUUCAUUUGCAGUUUACUGAAUACUACUUUCCCAACAGCCCCAGUUUCUCAGUGCCAACCUCGAACCUGUAUGCCCAGGCAAAUGGCCUCCAGCUGUGUGUUGACCCAGAGAGUGUGUUGUGGAUUAAUCUAUUUUCAAGAGGGCUGCUGCACACUCUAGACCAGGUCAAAGCUUUCUACCAUUUGCAAGACGGUGGCAAAGCAGACGAGCAUGUUGACAUCCGUCUGGAUGCAGCUCAGCUCAAGGUGGUGAUACCCCUAGAUUCUUCUAUACUGGACCAUCCAGAGCGUCCUCGGUCCCUUUCUGUUACUGUACCUCAGAUGGCUUUCAGCAACACCCGCCACUGUCCCCAUGGCUCCAGAGCUGACCUCAGCAUGACCUGUGACACCUUUGCGAGCUGUUCGUUCUUCCAGCACGAGCCACCAUGUCCUUACCCCAGAGACCGCAGUGCCUUCUGCGCCAUACCCUCCAUCUUCUCCCAGCACUCUCAAGAGUCGACACCUUCGCCGUUCAUUACAAAACAACUAAGAUCCCAAGAUGUGUGGUCCCUAAGCCUGUCCCGUGUUGCGCUAGGUUUCGAUGGAACUCGAGGACUCCCCAAAGGCAAAACGUACCCUUUUGUGGAGCCCUUUGCUAUGUCUGUAUGGAUGUGCCAGCCUGAUGCCUGGGUCAGGCGUUCAUCAUCUCAUCCCGCUAGCCUUUGCAGGGCUCAUCAACUCCCCUCAGAACAACUUCCCCACGAAGAUGCUGCGCUUGCCUUUAUCCAUGUCUUGGCCCAUGUCAUCACGCCAGUCAAGAUGUGGCUCAACCACUACCAGUAUGUUGCCUUGCUCAGAAUGAAGGAUUCCAUGGCACGUUUGGGGGUGGAAUUAAGUCGGGAUCUAAACGACGUUAAGCAGUGUUACGACCAAAAGUCAAAACCAGCCACUGUUUGUCUUGCCCUGCUUUUGGACUCAGUGGAGAUGGGUCUCCUCUUACCACCAGCCAGCACAGAACCUGAAGAAGAGGUCCCCCAUACUCCAGAGACUGACAGCCCCAGUCUCACAGACUCUGACAUCUCCCCUUCUCAUCAUUCGGCAGAUUUGAUCCCUGAGGACAGUAGGUUACAAAACGGUGUAUCCUCCCUCAGCACAGCCCACACUGCAUUUGAUCACGCUGAACAAGAUGGUACUGUGGAGGAGGCAUGUGAGGCUGUUGAAGAGGGACUGGAAGGUGAUGCCUUGGCGUUCCUCGAGGACACUCCAGUCCUGUCACCUCAGCUCUCACCUGUCAACUCCCCUAUCCUCUCCCGAGAUCCCUCCACCUUCAGCCUGGAGGGAGAACUAUCAAGCGCCAUCAAUGUCACCAAAGAUGUGACCAAAGAUGCCAUCAGUGCCUCGCUGGACUUAACCAAAGGCGCUUUUUCAAGAACAAGGGACGCCUUUAGCAUGUUGAGUCGUGGUUCUGGGAUGAGCAAACUGUUCAGUCCACAUGCCAAGGAGCAAGUCCAAAAUCCAGAAGAGUCCUCCCCCUCCCUGGUGGCCAGCCUAAGGCACCAAAUGAUGAAGCAGUCACCUUCCCAGCAUUCCUUUGACAGUGCUAUUUUGGAUGGCAGUCUGCCUGAUGAAAGUCUGUCUGUGGGCAGUGAUGUCGGGGACAAUUUAGUUGUUCUUAUGGAAUCAGAAUCUGGUGUAGAUUCUGCGCGUGUCAGUGUCAAUCCUUCAGCCAACCGAGGCAGCCCGGCUCUUGGCACAGAGGGAGGGUCAUCAGCUGAUCUCAGCAGCUCCUUAUCAUUCAGUACAGAGGAUGUAUCUACAGAUAUGUCCUCUGUGUUGUUACUCAUUCUGAAUGGGACAUCCUGCACAUUGGAAAUAAAGGGCGAGGACCAAGUUUUUGCUGUACAAGCCCAGAAUCUAAGCUCAGUACAGAUGGGUAACGUCAAGGUUUUUGACUUGCUAGCUGGUCUCAUUCAAGCUCCUUCCCACAAGCAGAAUGAACAUUGUAGCAGGGGCUCUCCUGCAGUGUGUAUGCGAGCAGAAAACGGUCCAUCUGCAGCACGACACUCUGAAACGACAGAGUCUUUAGGCCUGCUGGAUGUGAGAGUGCAAGACUGUCACGUCGAGUUGCUCGCCUCUACCGUAGCAAACAUCGGGCCUUUUCUGGAGGAUGAAUUGAACAUGGAUGGUCAGCCAAUUAACGUACACUUCAGCAAUGUAACCAUUACUAUUAAGGAUGAUAGCCCAAGAAUUUACCCAACAGCUCCUCAGCCAACCUCAGUCACGUUUGUGGUAGAUCAGCUGCUUUUUGAGUGCAGUGAUGAUGGUAUCAUGAGGCUCAAAGCUGAAGUUCUGGACAGUCCAAACUAUUCCUGCUCUGGUAAUCAGCAAUGUGAGAGGCAAAGCCUGCAGUCGAAACUUUCUGACUCCCAGGUGGCCCUCACACAGGCCCUCAGUGACCGAGAUCGCCUCCUUCGGGAGAUAAAGAAGUAUGACCCUGGGUUCACGCUCUGAGCCCAAUGACCUUCAAGCCUCUGUGAUGAUCACGUACAAGAGCACUGUAAGAAGGUGACGACUGGAAAGUGGAGGUGAUUACAUGAUGAUGACUUUAAAUUGCUGCAAUUACUAAAGGGGAACUUGUAAUUAUCUGGACAAUGACUUUUUCUCUUGAUCCGGUGGAUUUGAAAUAAAACUCAGUGUGUUUCAAAUAUCGACUUUCAGCGUUAAUUUAAAGAAUGCUGAAUGUGUUAUGCACAGUACAUCAAUUAAAAAAUGCCUUUCAGUGAAGGCCAGAAAGAGCCACAUUUGUCCAAAUAUGUUUGUGCCCCUAAUACUGAAUGUGUGUCCGACCUUGAAAGACGCAAACAAAUCUAAACAAUUGCUAGAACUUCAAAUCCAUCAUGACGCUCAAAAGAGGCAAUACAUUGUUUUUGAAGAUGUCAAUGUCCAAAUAAUUCCAGAGCUAGCCAAGUAGCUAACGGCUAUACUCAUAUCAGACAGUGAAUCAGGUGUUUUCUGCCCACAUUAGUGUGGACAGAAAACGCAUCUUUUUUUUUUGUUUGUUUUGUUUUUUUUUGUCAUGCAGCAUGAUUAGUUAGAUACUGUCAGCCUUUAAAUUCUUUCCACUUCAAAGUUUUGGGUGGAGAUAUUCAAGGUUGAUCGUGUGUGAAAAACACGAUAAGCGCACGUCUUGGUACUGUAGAUCCUAACUAUAUGAAAGACCUGUAUUUAUUUAUAAAAGUAUGAUGUAGCAUAGUAGUGUCACAGAUUGUGAAAUGUAAAGAAAACAAGUCACUUUUUAUAAAGCAUAAAAAUACAUGAGCAUAGACACGUUGAAGUUCACCUCAUUGCCAUCUUUGAGUUGUUUUAUUUCCGUGCAGUGUUGUUGAAGUAAUGAAAUGUAUUGCAUUUUGAAUUCAGUACCUUUGUGGCUGCUCGUGUUAUUACCUGUGGACACCGACAGUGACCACACAACAUGCCAGUUAAGUUUACUUGCGUGAGCGCAAGACAGUGCGAAGCAAUUUUAUGGUUCACUAUUCCGGCGCAGUAUUUUGGAAUCAUACAAUUCAAAGAUGGCUUUGUGGUACUAAUUAUACAUGCUCAUGCAGUGUGUCAUGUAAAGCACUUUUCUGAACAUUUGUGACUGUGAAGUAGGAUCGAUGUAUUAGACCUAAUGCUUGCGUUUUCUAUUUUAUGCAAAAUAAUGAUGUAGCCAUUCGUUCUAAAACUGCACAGUAUGUUGUUUAUGACAUGAAUGCUUUAUUUAAAAUGUUGA